AUGCUGGUCCUCGACUCCUCCUCCACCUGCGAUGUCUGCCUCGAGCCCUACUCUGAGGCCAAGGUCCCGCACGUCAUCAAUUGCGGGCACACAUUCUGCUUGAGGUGCCUGCAGCUCUUAACGCGACAGAUAUGCCCUCUAUGUAGGCGGGAUUUCGAGCCGGUCCAUGUACGGCGGCUGCACACCGAUAAGGGCAGCAGCCGUCCCUCAUCGCCAUCGCCAUCCAUGGGAUAUGAGCUGGACGAGCCGUCCACCCAAGCUCAACACCUGCAGAGCAGGAUGUCACGCAUUGUCCUCGAUGGCGCUCCAUCUGCCGAUGUCUGUAACACCCUCGAGGACGUCAGUGAGUGGCUGAAAGGGACAGGCGGAGAGCAUACCGACUUGCAAGCCACUUACUACCUUCUCCGUCGCUAUACCGAACUACAGCGCAAGUACACAGAGCGCAAAGCGAGUUUCAUGGUCUUGCAGGAGGGAUGUGAAGCCCUCGAGGCGAAACUCUGUCGCGUGCAGGAGAUAUGUCAUGACCUGCAAGAACAACUCUCUGCGCAAGAGGAGACGGCACAAGCAAGAUACGAGGAGCUCGAGCGGUUACGCGCUGACGAACGUCAGGAACUCAAGAACGCAGAGGCAGAGCUUCGGGACCAGCUCGCGAAGCGGGAACGCACCUGGACUGGGAAAGUACGUUAUGAGGUGCUGAGUAACGAGUGUAAACGACUCACCGACGAGCUCCGAGAAUGCGAGCGCAACCACCAGAACCCGCUCCCGGUACCUCCCCGGUACGACAUCGGGGACCGCCACUACCCGCAGACCUCCCCCGAGCACGACGACAUGGUCAUCGUGCAAGACAAGCCCGAUGAGCGGCCCGAGCCGACCAACUCGCUCAAGAUCGACAUGGGCGAGAAGGAAAACAUCUUCCACGUCUCGCCCGUCGCGCCGACGCUACCGAUCCCGCCGCUCGCGUCGGAGACGUUUCGCGCGCUUAGCGACGACAUCCCCGACAGUGAGGACGAGGGCGUGCGCAGCCGCAACGCGAAGCCGAUCCCCAUCAGGAGCGGUCUGCACCGCGCGGGCUCAUCAAGACUCAAGUACGAGGAGCCGAUGGCGCGCUCCCUCCCGCGCAGCAUCGUCGACGUGCACAUGGCGAGCUGCUCGUCGUCCCCGAGCGUGUCCAACCUCCACGCUGCCAUCCGCGAGCGGGAGCGGCGCGCGGACGUCCCUGACAGCGGGCUGGGCAUGAACCUCACGUCCGGGCGGUACAUCGACUGCCAGGACAUGAGCGAGGAGGAGCGCCAGGUGCGGCGCCGCGCGCAGCUGCACGAAGUCCUGCACGACCCGACGACCAAGAGCUCGUCCGGCGCUGGACCAUCCGGCAGCAUCCCGCGCUCCCCCGCGCCCGUCAUCCCGCCGCCACCCCCACCGACACGCUCAAAUACGGUCCGCUGGGCGAGCGAGGCCGCCAAAGCCGCCGAGCGCGCCCGCGCGGCGAACAUUUACACUUCGUCUUCCUCCUCCCACCUCCAGGCCUCGAUAUACGUCUCGCCGACAUCACCCUCUGCGUCAUACACGACGCGUACACCCUCCACGACGCGCACGCCCUCCCCGACGUCGCACACCUCGUCGAUGCGGCCCCCAUCUCCCACGCGCAGCCCCGUCUCGUCGUCGCGGAUGCGUCCGCAGCAGGUGCGGACGGCGUCGACGGACAGUCUGAAGACGAUGAAGAUCCCCGCGAGUGCGUCUGGCCUGACGAGGACGUUCCUCGUGCAGGAGGCGCACGCGCAGCGGGUGUCAUAA